AUGGCACGAAUCUUCAUCACAGGCUCAUCCGACGGCCUUGGCGCCCUCACAGCCAAACGCCUCAUCGCCCAGGGCCACCAGGUAGUCCUCCACGCCCGCAACACCCAGCGGGCCACCGACGCCCAGGCCGCCUGCCCAGGCGCCCACGCAUGCCUGAUCAGCGACCUGCGCACCAUGGAAGGAAUAAAAGCGCUCGCGGCAGAGGCUGACAGACAUGGGCCUUACGACUGCGUGGUGCACAAUGCCGGGGUCUGCGGCGCGGCGCGGUCGGCGCGGGAGCUGUUUACUGUCAACACGCUUGCUCCAUACGUGCUGACCUGUCUCAUGGCGAGGCCGCGGCGGCUGGUGUACGUGUCGAGCGAGCUGCACCGGUCCGGGCAGGCGCGGCUGGACGCGCUCGAGAAGUCGGCGUAUGGGGAUACCAAGCUCCACGCUGUCAUGCUGGCGAAAGGGGUUGCGAGGAGGUGGGCGGAGGUCGAGAGCAAUGCUGUGACCCCCGGCUGGGUGCCGACGAAGCUGGGCGGAUUUGGUGCGCCGGGAGACAUCGAGGCUGGCGUGGAGGGGUUUGUGAUGUUGGCGCUGGGCGAGGGCAAUGCGAAAGGAGUGACGGGAACGUACUUUCAGCAGUCCAAGAUGGCGACCUGUUCGGAGGCGGGCGAUGAUGAAGGGCUCCAGGACGGGUUACUGAGGAAAUGUGCUGAAAUGAGUGGUGUCGACGUGCCUCAGUAG